AAAUAUGAUGUCCAGGGUGGCUCAUGGCAUUGCUUCAAAUAUGCGGUCAAUACUUCCGAGGCUUGAGGCUUCAGUAAAAGGCGGAUUCUUUGGUGUUAGAAGUACCAGCAAGAACACCGACCUUACAGAGCACUUUACACUGGAUGAGGAGGUGACCAACGAGGAGUUGCUACAGUAUGAGGAGGGUUCAAAAGAGCGCUUGGAACUCGAAAACGCCCUUCUGGGCGUCCUUAACAGGGUGGAACAUGUGCCCAUCGUUAUUAACGGCCAGGAGUAUCAAGCCAACCAGGAAUUGCAACAGGUGCUGCCCUAUGAUAUCAAGCAGCCCAUAGCCCAUUACGGCCACGCCCACCGCGUCCUCAUCCAGAUGGCCAUCGAUAAGUGUCUGGAGGCGCAGAUGAAGUGGGAUAGGACCAAGCUCAGUGAACGGAUAGAUAUUUGGGAGCGGGCAGCGGACCUGAUAAGUGGAAGACACCGCUACAACAUCAUUGCGGCCACGAUGUUGGGCCAAGGCAAAACGCUGCGCCAGGCGGAGAUGGAUGUGGCCGAAUUGGUGGACUUUAUGCGCAUCAACCCGGUAUUCCUGCGCGAGUUGGCCAACUACGAACCCGUUAACGACACCCAAAGGGAGUGCAGGAAUUCCAUGCGGCUAAGAGGACUUUCAGGAUUUGUGGCUGCCAUUAGUCCUUUCAACUUCACGGGUAUUGCCGGCAAUCUGGCCUAUACGCCCGCUCUGAUGGGCAACUCGGUGCUUUGGAAGCCCUCCGAUUCGGCCAUCCUCUCCAACUAUUUCGUCUUCCAGGCCAUGCAGGAGGCAGGUGUUCCCAAAGGAGUGGUGAACUUUGUGCCCGCGGAGGAGACGACCUUCGCAUCCGUAGUAACGCAGCAUCCGAAGCUGGCUGGAAUCAAUUUCACUGGUACUUCAACGGUUCUGAAGGUACUGUGGCAACUAGUGGCCCAUAAUAUUCACUACUACGAAAACUAUCCCCGUUUGGUGGGCGAGGGAGGCGGCAAGAAUUUCCACUUCGUACAUCCCUCGGCGGAACCGGAAACGGCAGUGGCCUGCACUAUAAGGGCAGCCUUCGAGUACUCCGGCCAGAAGUGCUCCUCCUGCUCCAUGUUGUAUGUUCCACAAUCCCUCUGGGAGAGCCAUAUAAAGGAGCCCCUUCUGAGGAUCACCGGAUCUCUGGUCACCGGACAUGCCACGUACUGCGACUGUUUCUGUUCGGCGGUUAUUAAUCGACGAGCCUACGAUCGCAUCUACAUGUGGUUAAGAUACAUUGCCCAGAGUCCCAGUUGUCAAAUCUUAACCGGAGGAACCUGCGACAAGCAAAGAGGUUACUAUGUGGAUCCUACGGUGGUGCAGGUCAAAGAUCUGGACAACAUCAUAUGUCGGGAAGAGCUGCUGGCGCCCAUCCUUGGUGUCUACGUUUAUCCGGAUGAGAAACUCAAGGAGACCAUGACAAAGGUGGCCGAGAUCAAUCAUGGGCUGAUAGGAUCGGUGUUUGCCAGGGAUCAGGACUUCGUCGAGGAGUCCUACGAAGCCUUUAGAUUUAAUGUGGGCAGCCUGAAUGUAAAUGACAAGUCCACCGGGUCCAUGGUUGCUCAGCAGCCUUUUGGAGCGGGUCACAUGACUGGCACCAGCGACAAGUUGGGCAGUCCUCACGCCCUGCUGCGAUGGACCUCGCCCCAGGUGAUCAAGGAGUCCUACAAGCCGCAUAUGAACAUCUAUUAUCCGUAUAUGAAAAUGAACGAACUGGAGCAAGGUGUUAUUCACAUGCAGAGCGAGCAAAGUGAAGUGGUCUGCGAGGAUAAGAACACCUUCGAGGAUUCUAACAAAGAGGACAAUCGCCUGAUAUAACAUCUAUUACGGCCAUUCAUGACUCAAAUUAUUG